UUGUCUUUGUUCUCAGUCUGUUGGUUCAGAGUAUUCUUCACCUAGGCUGUUUGUAAAUAGCUGUGGCCUGCAGCCACGCAGCGCUCAUUCCUCUCCUGGCCAUCUCCUCGCUCGGACCCCUGCUCUCCUGCUCUGUGUAACCAGUAGGCGCACAGUGUGCAGCUCUCAUAGAGCGAGAGUGCAAAGCGCAUCCCAGCCAGUCUUCCUCCUCGCUCUCUGUUACUCACACCAGGAUGGAUCUACCCUCCUAGCAGUGCACAAGUCUACUUCAGCAGUUUGCAAGUUGGGUUCUCAUUUAGGAGUGAGACAGGAGCUGGGAACAAACAUUUCUUCUCUCCUCCUCUGACAAGAUUUCCUUCGUCUCUGCGCGUCAACUUGGCUGUCGGAAACCUACAUGAUGAGAGCAACCGGGCUACAGUCGCGCCUCAUGCUCCUGCUCUGCUUCAUCUCCGCCGCAGCGUGCAAUAUGUUUGCGUUCACCGAGGAGCCCUCUGAGAGAGCCGGGAAAGGAGACGGGUAUUGUAGUCGGAUAUUACGGGCUCAGAGCAAUCGGAAGGACGGCAGCAGCGAGUUUCACCUCCGCGUUGAGGGAAACCCGGACAGCUAUCAGCCGGGGAGCACAUACAGAGUGACUGUGUCUGCAACCAGCCCCGCCUACUUCAGAGGGUUCACCCUUAUUGCCCUGAGGGAGGGCACCAUAGGAGACAGGGACGAGGACUACAUUGGAAAUUUCCAGAUAAUUGAUGACGAGGAAACACAGUUUAUGACCAACUGCCCCCCUGCAGUGACAGAGAGCACUCCUCGCAGACGCACCAGCAUCCAGGUGUUUUGGACUGCGCCCCCCGGUGGCUCCGGCUGUGUCAACAUUAAGGCAAGCAUUGUGCAGAAGAGGAUAAUCGAUUUCCAGGAUGAAGGCUCACUCACCAAGCGCAUGUGUGAGAAAGAAUCCCUGUAUGGAGACACUACAGAGAAACCUCUUCUCGACUGUUGUGCCUGUGGAACAGCAAAGUACAGAGUCACCUUCUAUGGGAACUGGUCAGAAAAGAUGCAUCCCAAAGACUAUCCACGUCGUGCCAAUCACUGGUCAGCCAUCAUCGGUGCCUCCCACUCUAAGAAUUACGUGCUGUGGGAAUAUGGUGGCUUUGCUAGCGACGGAGUUAAACAGGUAGCUGAGCUGGGUUCCCCUGUCAAAAUGGAGGAGGAGAUCAGACAGAAGGGUGAUGAGGUCCUGACAGUCAUCAAAAUGAAAGCACAGUGGCCAGCCUGGCAACCACUUAAUGUGCGGGCUGCCCCCUCAGCUGAAUUCUCAGUGGACCGGAGCCGCCACCUCAUGUCCUUCCUGACCAUGUUGGGGCCCAGUCCGGACUGGAAUGUGGGUCUGUCUGCUGAGGACUUGUGUACCAAGGAGUGUGGCUGGGUACAGAGGGUGGUGCAGGACCUGAUUCCCUGGGACGCAGGCACUGACAGUGGGGUGACAUAUGAGUCUCCCAACAAGCCCAUAGAGCCCCAGGACAAGAUCCGUCCUCUGACCAGUCUGGAUCAUCCACAGAGCCCUUUCUAUGAUCCUGAAGGGGGCGCCAUCACGCCUGUGGCCAGGGUGGUUGUGGAACGCAUCGCCAGAAAGGGCGAACAGUGCAACAUUGUGCCGGACAAUGUGGAUGACAUUGUAGCAGAUAUUGCCCAGGAGGAAAAAGAGGAAGACGACACCCCUGAGACGUGUAUCUACUCCAACUGGUCUCCAUGGUCCGCCUGCAGCUCGGCCACUUGUGAGAAGGGCAAGCGGAUGAGGCAGAGGAUGCUGAAGGCCCAGUUGGACCUUAGUGUGCCCUGCCCACACACCCAGGAUUUUGAGCCUUGCAUGGGGCCUGGAUGCAGUGAUGAGGAUGCUUCCACCUGUAUGAUGUCUGAGUGGAUCACCUGGUCUCCCUGUAGUCUGACCUGUGGGAUGGGCACACGUUCCCGGGAGCGUUAUGUGAAGCAGUUCCCAGAUGACGGCUCAGUCUGCACCCUGCCCACAGAGGAGACUGAAAACUGUGUGGUCAACGAGGAAUGCUCUCCCAGCAGUUGUCUGGUGACAGAAUGGGCUGAAUGGGAUGUGUGCAGUGCCACUUGUGGUCUUGGCAUGAAGAGGAGAGAGCGCAUGGUGAAGAUGCCUCCCGCAGACGGCUCUAUUUGUGGAGCAGAGGUGUUAGAAGUGGAGAAGUGCAUGAUGCCAGAAUGUCACACCAUCCCCUGCAUGCUGACUCCAUGGUCUGACUGGAGUGACUGCAGCGUGACGUGCGGGAAGGGUACAAGGACACGACAGCGUGUGCUCAAGUCCCCCGUGGAGCUGGGAGAGUGUACGGAGGAGUUAGAACAGGUGGAGAAGUGCAUGCUACCAGAGUGUCCCAUAAACUGUGUCAUGUCAGAGUGGACCGAGUGGUCAGAGUGCAACAAAUCCUGUGGGAAGGGUCACACGAUCCGAACACGCAUGGUGAAGCUGGAGCCGCAGUUUGGAGGAGACACGUGUCCUGAAACCAUCCAGAGGAAGAAGUGUAAGAUCAGGAAGUGCAACCGGGGACAAGCUAACAGUGACGAGAAGAAACGCCGCAAGGAACAGCGGGAGAAGAGGAGGAGCAAACAGGGCAGAGCUGAGGUCGCUUCGGAGCAUCCAGGGUGUAAAAUGAGGCCGUGGUCGAGUUGGACGGAAUGUACCAAGCUGUGCGGUGGAGGUAUUCAAGAGCGGCUCAUGACAGUGAAGCAAAGGUUUAAGACUGCCCAGCUGUCCAGCUGCAAGGACAGGAAGGAGAUCAGGGCUUGUAACGUGCACCCCUGCUAAGAAGCAGUAGGGGAACAGGGUGACGUGGAAGGGAGG